GGGACCGCGCCGCCAUGGCGCUGGACGCGGGGCGGCUGGAGGGGCUGAGCCUGCAGGAGCUCAGCGCGCUGCUGGACGAUGAGGAGCGGCUGCAGGGCAUGGCCCGCGAGAUGGAAGAGGCCCAAAAUGUUCAGCACAGCAAGGACAUGACACUCGCCAGCAACCGCAGUCUGGCAGAAGGCAAUCUUCUGUACCAGCCAAAGUUGGAGUCUUUGAAAGCAACUUUGACUCAAAAAUAUCAAGAGCUGCAAGUCCUUUUUGAAGCAUACCAGAUAAAGAAAACAAAAUUAGAUAGACAAUCCAGUAAUGCCUCACUGGAGACACUGCUAGCUCUCCUUCAGACCGAGGGGGCUAAGAUUGAGGAAGACACAGAGAACAUGGCGGAAAAAUUUCUUGAUGGCGAAAUCCCCCUGGAUUCCUUCAUUGAUGAGUACCAGAGCAAGCGAAAGCUGGCUCACCUGCGGCGGGUGAAAAUCGAGAAGCUCCAAGAGAUGGUGCUCAAGGGACAAAGACUUCCACCGCCGCAGCCUCAGCCGCGGGCAGCCGACGCAACGCCAGCACCUCAAGAUUCCUACACUUCGGAUGCAAACCCUCCUCCUUCAGCUGCACCCCGACGAAUACCUCCCCCUCCUCCUUCCGUCCCAGCAGGACGCUUUCCUACUCCGUUUACUGCGGCCGCGAGUUCAGGACCAGCCGUUUCUUAUCCAGGUGCUCCGUAUCCUCCUCUCCCACCUCGAGCUGGAGCUCAGGCCGCGAGUCAGUUGCCACAGCCAGGCUGCCCAUCUCAGUUUGUACCACAGUAUCCUCCAGCUCUUCCCCAAAGACCGCCUCGCUUUCCACCACAUCCUGGUUUUAUCCUCCAGUGAAUAUUUUGGUGCGCCUGACUUACGUAUUGGUGCUUACUGUUCCUUUUUCUCCCCCUGUCAGAGACUUAACGUAGGCAGUGGAAAGCCUCUAUUUUUUUGCACAAUAGAGUAUAAAAUUUGAGCUCUGGCACAGAGGUCUGAAAUUGUGUCUGGUGGAUGUUAUUGUUUUCAAAUAUCAGUGGCAACGAGGAUUUUCUAGGAAGGUGGUAAGGGCUCUAUGUGCAGGAGUGCACAGUGGAUUUCCUGAUUUUAUAAAUCUUUCUGAAUUCUUUAGCGAUGGCAGAUCAGUGUCCUGUUCUGUUCUGGUGUGUUCCCGUUGCAGCUGGAUGUGCGUGUGGCAAACCAGGAGCUGUUUGUCUCCCUAAAGAAUUCUCUGUCAGUGCCAGUGUUUGUGUGGUAACAGCCAUAUCUGAAUCCUGGGUGAAGAGUUUUAAUGGACCUCAAUAGCAGCUUUUGCAGUGCACCCAGACAGUGGCAGUUCUGGCCAGGUGCACAGCGAACUCACUGAGGUGAAGCUGUUGUUGGAUAAAGUUCUUUUUAAAUAUUGAAAGUUACAGGAGUUUUGUUUCUACAUUUCAGUUGUUACCUUAGACUUUUCAAAAUAAAAGUACACGCUCUUCCCAUUCCUGAAUAGCUGGUAUCCUGAGAGUCCUGGUCUCUUGAAAUUUAUCUAAAUUGUACAGGCAGUUCAGAGUUUAGAGAGACUUCAACAGGCAUUUCUAUUUCUUUACCUUUUGAGACUUUCUUAUGUUUUUGUUUUUUUUCCUCUUCCAUACCCUGCAUACAGAAGUGAUUGUUUUGUUCUUUUAAUUUAAACUGGUGCUUAGCUUUUCAUAUCAUGUGAUUCCAGGAAUUUAGGCAGGGUAUUUUCUUAGUUAAGUAUUGGAUUUUCCUAUCAUGUAAUUGCCCACAAUUUCGUUGUGCAGUUCUUGGCACGCCUGUCUAUUUGGAAUUUGCAGUUAAUAUUUCUCCAUGCGAGAAGUCACAACAGAGGAGGUUUUUGAGUUCUGUGGUUGCUAUUUGCCUCUUACAUAAUCUGCUCUUGGCUUUUUGUGCCUCCAGAGGGGGAGGCUUCCUAUGGCAGGGCCUGUUUCAUUCUCAGUAUGACUCUGGAAGCCUGAGGUGCAGGUGCGUGCUGGUAAUGGAAUCCUGCAGCAGGGGAGGCGACUCUCAACACUUGUUGCUCAUGCAGAAUAGGAGCACAGAUUAACUGUCACUUCUGCAAAAAAAAAACAUCCGACUACUUCAUGGCAGUUUAAGAAAGGCAUCAUCCAGAAUUUGUCACAUAUCUUCUCUAUUAUUUAAAACACUUCCUUAUCGUUGUCCUGGAAUACGCUGCGUAGUUUGGAAGACUGCACUACAAACAGCUUCAGUCAAAAUACAACAUCUGAUCUUGUUUUUCUUUAUGUGAGGCCCUAGAUUGUCCCUUAAUCAUUUCCUCUGGAGUGUGGUGGUUGCAAGCAAGUACUAAUCUGAAAUUAAUCUCAUAACAGGAAGCUGUCUGUUCCGAAAAUACAGUUAUUUGGCUUGCUUUGCCUUCUGAUGACAAAGGGCAGAAGGCUGGUCACUGUGACUGGCAUCUAAACCCAUUCCCCAGUGUAGAUCUGGAAAGUUUCUGUAGAUGGGGGAGUUUGUGAAGCAACGUGCAUUGGAUUUGUUUGCAAAGUGUGUUUUCUCUGUAAUCUAGUGAUGGUACAAGAUGUGUUUUUCACAAUAGCGUAAUAUCUUCUUUUCUUGAUAUUAUUUUAUCAUUGAAGCUUUGUGUAAGCAUGGUUAAUUAUGACACGUUUCAAAACAAUUUUGCUGUGCUUUUAGUGCUGGUAUUUGGAUGGCAACUGUUGUGUCUGAACGCUAAAUAUAAAUCUGCUGUAGAAAGGAUUUGUGUCCUAGGAAGAAGAAAGGUGGCUGGGAGCUCCUGGGGUGGUGACUGAGUACAGAGAUCCAUACAUGGAGCCUGCUACACCAACUCCACAACACUCUCCAAUCAGUUUUGCUAGCAUUUAAUAAAAACAGCCAGGUAUAUUUUACACUUAUCCAGUGCCAACUUUUUUUCUGAGAGUUGCAGAUCCUCAGAAGUCACGGAGGUGAUAGGUAAGUGUACUGUGAUUUUGCACUGCAUUUUGUGUACCUAACUUUAUUGGUGUUAGUAGUUCGAAAGUAUUUUUACUACCUGUUAAAUUUUCUGUCUUUUGGUAACUUUUGUGAUAACGAGACCUUUCAGGGAUACUUUAUCUAAAAACAAACUGUUGUGCUAACUAAAUACAGACAAAGCUAAUGCAGUUUUUCUGUGGAGAGCAAAACAAUGCAUUGUUGCAUAUGCAUGUGGCUGAUGUGCCUUAGGAUCACUACCUGUGAUUGUAAUACUAGGAUACUUUAUCAUUUGAAUAGCCAUUGCUUAACUGAUUUAAGGGCUCUUCAAGAGCACUUUCUUCUACAAAACUCUCACCCUUGUACUUUAGGAAAAAACUGUAUCUGCUAUUUGUAAGCUUAUAGUUGCCUUCACUGAUGGGUUAGUUUGAGAUAGGUGAUAUAACUAAUGUGAUGUUUCAGUUAUAGCAAUCCCAUAACUGAAAUCCAGCUGCUCACAGAAAAUGUUUUGCCAUUAACUGCGUGUGGAUGCGCACAACCUGUAAAUAUAUACUUGACUGCUGGUGAUGUUUAAGGGUAUAGGAGAAAAACGAUCGUGGGAAGCUGUUUAAACCCUUUCAGAAACACUAAUGUGAAUGAGUGGGGCAAGAGGUGUGCCAGUGGUUUAAACUGUUGCCCUUUGACAGCUUCUGUUCUGUUAGAGCUAAUCAAUUCUGCUAUGGCUAGGAUGUUUAGGACUGUACUAAUUUGCACUGUUGAUAAGAUAGAUUAUAACGCCAUAGGCAAGCAGAGAGUUGGGGGGGGGGAUGGCUCAGUAUGCUUGCCAAAAUAUAUAUUAUGUUGUCUCGAGGAUUCUUAAUGUCUGCUGCAAAUAGCAUAUACUUCCCCAAAGCAAUUGGAGUGGAGAAAAAUCUUUUAAACAUGAUGUGUAACACGGCUUUAGAGUGUUGGUAGCAUUGAAAAUGCUCUGUUAGGAUGGCAUUACUUUUGCCAGUCUUUUUGUAUGCAGAUUUUCUAAGUUAUGACUAAUUCAAUUAUAUGCAGAUAGGGUUGUUGGUUGGUUUGUUGGGUUUAUGGUUGUUUUUUUUUGGGGGGGGGGGAGGGGGGUUGUUUUGGGGUUUUUUUUGAACAAUGAUCAGCAUUGAAGGGCUCAAACUCCAGGAUGAGUUCUCUGCACUUCCAUGCUGUCCCUUGGAGGCUGGGUCGCACUGAGCUGCUCCACGUGGGUCGUUUUUGUGCCACUGACCCUGAGGGACCGUUUAGGAUAAGAGCUGUGUGGUUCCAGGAGGCAGGGCCCUGGGCACAGUCACUCAUGGGUGGCUGAGUGCCCCCAUCUCCACAACCUCAGCCUCUGCCUCUUUUGGACUUCUUUGCCCCCUCAAACUGGAAUGAAGUAGAGCUCACACAGACAUUUAGGAGCUACUUGGCAAACAUUGAGCUCAGAGGAGGCAGAGUUGUCCUGCACCUGAACGGUUCCUCUGUGUAAUCCUGGACAGUCAAAUAAAGGGGCAGUUUUGUAUGCCUGGCGAGUUGUGAAAUGUACAGUGGAUUUGUUUGCAUAAUGUCUUUCUGUAAUCUACUGUGGUCUGAUUUUAAAUAAAACAUCGUAUCUCUCUCUUGGU